AGAAGGAGUGGUGGUGGAUGAAUAGGUAUCGAUAUCUCGAAAAAAUUUGAAGUUUAUCAAGAAUAUCAAAAUAAAAAAUAAACUAUCAUAGCCGAAUAUUGGGAAUGGGAUAUUUAAAUAAUAAUUAUUAUUUUCUUAAAUAUUGACUGCAUAAAAAAAGUAAUACAUUAUCAGAAAUUUAUAGAACCGUCUGCAAAGCAGCUGUAGCCUUUCGUAGUUUGGCUCUUAUAUCAAACAAUCCAAAGAUGUCAAAUCCGGAGAACUACAAAGAAGCCUCCUCCAUUUACGAUUUCAGUGCAAAAGAUAUCAAAGGUGAAGUGGUCUCUUUAGAAAAAUACAAAGGACAUGUCUGCAUAAUAGUGAAUGUAGCCUCCCAAUGUGGUUACACAAAAAAUAACUAUGCAGAAUUAAAUGAUUUGUUUGAUGAAUAUGGCGAAUCCAAAGGGCUGAAGAUACUUGCGUUUCCGUGUAAUCAGUUUGCGAAUGAAGAACCAGGAGAUAACGCCACCAUCUGCCAGUUCGUGCAAAACAAAAACGUAAAGUUUGAUGUGUUUCAAAAAAUCAAUGUUAAUGGUGACGACUCUCAUCCUCUAUGGAAUUAUCUGAAAUACAAACAAGGAGGCACCCUUGGAGACUUUAUCAAGUGGAAUUUUACCAAGUUCAUUGUUGACAAAAAUGGGCAACCAGUUGAGAGACAUGGACCAAGUACGAAUCCCAAAGAUUUAGUGAAGUCACUUGAAAAAUAUUGGUAAAUAAUGUUACUUGUAUAUUUGCUUUUUAUCUAAGUCAUGUAAUCUAAAAAAUAUUUAUAAGUGAUACCUACAAUUUUAUUUAUGCUAAAAACUGUUAAAAAAUCGUUUAUAUACCUAUUCAAUGUCUUUUUUAUUUGUUUCAUUUUAAUGCUUUUGUUUUCAAAAUUCUGUAGGUAUAGCUUUAGAUUUGACUGUAUUCGCUUUCUAGUAUUUUAUUUCUUACAAUAAUUGUUAAUCAAUUUUGCACCAAUAAAGGUAUUUUUUUAGUCUU